AUGUCUUGGUUAUACAUCUUUUUAGCUUUAGCCCUCUUCCAAAAUGGAAUGGCAAUUGAUGCUGCCGAUGACCAGGGAGAUAUACCACGAGACGAGAGAGGUUCCGGCUACCGGAUGGUAGACAACGGAACAAUCAAAAAUUGUGGAGUCAACACAAAACAACAAUGUUUCCAAAUUGACCCGUUCAAGAAUCUCAGUAUAUCAACUUUAUACAACAUGACAGCAAUUGACAUCAGCUGUCAAUCAGACGGUCGCUGUGUGGUUCCGUAUGACUUUGAUGAUACAGAAGGGGAAAAACUCGUUAUUUUUGUUCAUUGUCUGAAUAAUGCAGGUCAAGAAGUUACUUCCACCUAUGUACGCAUGGAUCUAGGUAGGACAAGUGUAGAGCAUCGUUCAGCAUACUCUUACUUCACUGCCGUAGGCUACAACGUAAACGCAAAAUGGGAAACUGAUGCAGGCUUUACCAGUAAUGUGAGUUUGAGAGACUUUGAAAAUGAAAAGAAAGGAGAAACCAAUUCUGACAAAUUUCUUGUACGUUCUACAGAACGAUGA